AUGACGAGUGGACGGGUUCUUCGCGAGCUGCUGUACAUCGAGAAGGUUGGGCAGAGCGAAGGCUAUGUUCAAGGGCGAUACACUUCUGCGAAGACAUGGACAACCUCGUCAAGCAAUGUUAACAAUCCGCCGGUCAAAACAAAUGUAAUGCGCCGGCGCCUUUCACUGGAAUUCGUAAUCGUUGAGGUUUUGGAACGCGUGGUAUCCGACAAUAUCGAAGUCACAAGAGGAACAAAAAAUCACGAAAUUCCAAAAAGCAGUGAGACGGGUCCAGCGGCGUCGAAUCUGUGCGAAUUGGUGCAUCGAUGCCAGAAGGAUAUAAAAUGGAAACGGCGGGACCCAAAACUGCCACAGCUUUUUAUUCCUAUUGGUCAGUGA